AUGUCUCCCUCACCGCCGCCCACCAACGUCCUCCUCAACCCUCUCCCCGAGCUCAUAUCCGCUCUCGCCUCAAACGCCUUUGGUAUACGGCCGGGACCAGACUCGGGCGUGGUGGAGGAAGCCACAUGGCCGCGGACGGAAGAGGAUGUGAAGCUAGUCAGGGCGCGACUGGGGCGAGAUGGACUACUCGAGGAGAAGGAUGGUGAGGAGAAGGUUAGGGGGAAAGUGAAGGUGGGGUUAAUCGGGGGUGAAGGAGAUUUGGUGGUUGUGCUUGACCAGGGGGGAUGGACCAUCGAGUCUGCACAAGGCCCAGCAUCGACAACAUCCAAAAUUGGGACCACAUACGAAUCGCUAGAGACGUUGCUGAUAGCAACGAGUAAGGGCUACGCGGAGGCUAUGAAUCAGGAGAUUUGGAAACGGUUCGAAGGUUUCACGGGAAGGGAAGAUCAUGAAGAGCAUGCAGAGUGA